CUCUGAUAAAAAGAAACAGCGAAAGGGAGAGAGGGCGUAUGAAAGAGAGCCGAUGAGAAUGGUACAAACCCGAACAGCUUUGUGUGUCACACUCGAAUACAUCGCAUCCACAGCUAUGACCUAGGCGCGGAUCGUCGCUCUCAAGACAAGCGCAACAUCGGAGAGAGCAAUUACGCACAUGGUUCUGAUAGAGAAUGAAUGCGAAGCUGUAUCCAACAAUUCCAAAACGCCCGGUUGAUCUCAUUUUGCUACCAUUAGAGCAUCAACUGGAUUACCAUAAGGGAGAGACGAGAACGGAGCACAGUAGCAACGUCUUUACAAUUGAGGAAUAAGAGAUUUUGCUCCAAUAAUUGAAUCAUUUACUUUUCAUCAAAACACAAAUAUUUGUAUGUAUUUAGAGGUGUAUUUCCAAGGACACAUACAUUAAAGCACGGAUAGCCGUCAUUAGGUCCACUCGGAUUUGAUCAUAUUGACACUUUAUUAGUUAUCCUGAUGGAAACUGCUUCAAAAGCUCGUCGGCUAUCCAAUGUGUCCACGGCAUCUAACGUGUCCAAUGUGUCCACGUCCAGCGCAGGGACUGAGGUAGGACAGAGCGAUGUGCAGAUUUGGGGGGACAGACCUUUACCUGUCGACUACCUUGGUGACAUCUCGAUCCUGGAUGACGGGAGAUGGUCUAACUCUAGCGUGAAGAAACAUCACCACAAGCACAACCUGAAGCACCGCUACGAACUGCUGGAGACACUGGGGAAAGGGACAUACGGCAAAGUGAAGAAAGCCAUCGAGAGACAAUCCGGCAAAGUGGUGGCCAUUAAGUCCAUCAGGAAGGAGAAGAUCAAGGAUGAUCAGGACAUGGUUCACAUCCGCAGAGAGAUCGAGAUCAUGUCCUCCCUCAAACACCCUCACAUCAUCUCCAUCUACGAAGUGUUUGAGAACAAGGACAAGAUAGUGAUCGUGAUGGAAUACGCCAGUAAGGGAGAGUUGUAUGAUUACAUCAGCGAGCGACGGCGGCUGAGCGAGAGAGAGACACGACACUUCUUCAGGCAGAUUGUUUCUGCCGUGCACCAUUGUCACAAGAACGGAGUGGUGCACAGGGAUUUAAAACUGGAAAACGUGCUGCUGGAUGAAAACUGUAAUAUCAAGAUUGCUGACUUUGGUCUGUCCAACCUUUACCACAAAGACGAGCUCCUUCAGACGUUCUGUGGCAGCCCUCUGUACGCCUCACCAGAGAUCGUCAACGGCAGGCCCUACCAUGGUCCAGAGGUAGACAGUUGGGCCCUGGGAGUGCUUCUCUACACCCUGGUCUAUGGGACCAUGCCCUUUGAUGGGGAAGACCACAAUAAACUCAUCCGCCAGAUCACCAACGGAGAGUACAGGGAACCUACACAGUCCUCAGAUGCUCGUGGUCUGAUCCGCUGGAUGUUGAUGGUUAACCCGGAGCGUCGAGCCACGGUGGAAGACAUCGCCAACCACUGGUGGGUCAAUUGGGGCUGGAAGACCACUGUGUGUGACUGUGACGUCCAGAAGGACAACAGUGGCUGCAUCUCUUCUCCAACGCUAGCACGCUUUAUCGAUUGGCAGAACCGCACCACAGAGUCACCCAGGGUGGUGCCGGUCAAGCCCCCCCGCUCGGAACACCCUGCCGUACCCCCCCACGCUGGCCGCCAGCGCCUGAGGAAGUCCAGGAAGGAGAAUGAUAGCGGAGCGCUCCACCAUCACACCGCGUGGGAAGACAAAGACAAACCAGGACUGAAGAGACCCAAGGGGAUCCUGAAGAUGCAUGUGUCUGAGCAGAGGUCCCACAGCCUGGGGGAGAUCGAGCUGAGUCGCUCCCUGCACUUCCACGAGGGAAGGGAGCUGCUCUCCAGCCCCGAGAGAGAUGAGGAAGAGGACGAUGAUCAGGAUCGCCUGGGGGUCUCGCCGGCCAAGAUGGUGCCCACCCUCCCCAAGAAGGGCAUCCUGAAGAACAACCAGCAGCGGGAGUCUGGCUACUACUCCUCCCCGGAGCGCAGUGAGUCCUCUGAACUGCUAGGGGGCAGCACCUCCAUGGCCCCACCCGCCAGCUCACCAACAAAGAGGUCCAUGGGGAGAAAGGGCAUAUUGAAGCGUAAUGGGAAGUACGGCAACUCCACUUCCUUCCACAGUGGCUUGUCCAAUAUGAGCUACCACGGAGAGACUCCGGGGGACUCGGGCCUCUCUCGCAGCCAGAGUAAACCCUCCAGUAUUGUCUGUGAGGAGAUGGGUCUCUCCAGUGUUCCCCCCUUAAUGGGAAUGGAUUGGUCUCCCUCGUCCCCGCAGCCACACGUCAGGGCCUGUAUGUCGGCUGAGGAUCUACUCCAGCUGGCAGGCUUCAGACGGGGCCUCCAGACGGCUGCAGGGGGGCUCCAUGGGGGGAAGGUGGGGACCCGAGGGACACCAGGGUCUCCUGGUGACGACGGCAGCUUCUCUCUGCUAGGGGACAUGGAUGAUGUGACCCAGGUCUACCAACACACCCUGGACAUCAGCAGCAAUCUGACCUAGAGGAGGUGGAGUUGGGAGUUUGGAAGGGAAGGGACAUGGGAAGGACAGACACACACUUGAACCUUCAUUUCUGGGUUAGGACUGGCCAGGUGUGUUGUGAACUGGGCAUCCCAGCCACCUUAAUGUACUGAAUCUACCCUCUCAGAGACAGUGCUGCUGUACAUCUUUAUAUGUUCAAUAGAGCUAAAUAAGUAUUGUGUUGUAUGUCAUUCAGAGUCACAAACCAUGCUGUGGUGAAGCUCAAUGUAGUAGACAGUUAGGACUACUGUUCAUGUUAUCUCAAUGUAAUAGACAGUCAGGACUACUGUUCAUGUUGUCUCAAUGUAACAGACAGUUAGGACUACUGUUCAUGUUAUCUCAAUGUAAUGGACAGUCAGGACUACUGUUCAUGUUGUCUCAAUGUAACAGACAGUUAGGACUACUGUUCAUGUUAUCUCAAUGUAAUAGACAGUCAGGACUACUGUUCAUGUUAUCUCAAUGUAAUGGACAGUCAGGACUACUGUUCAUGUUAUCUCAAUGUAACAGACAGUUAGGACUACUGUUCAUGUUAUCUCAAUGUAAUAGACAGUUAGGACUACUGUUCAUGUUAUCUCAAUGUAAUGGACAGUUAGGACUACUGUUCAUGUUGUCUCAAUGUAACAGACAGUUAGGACUACUGUUCAUGUUAUCUCAAUGUAAUAGACAGUCAGGACUACUCUCAAUGUAAUAGACAGUCAGGACUACUGUUCAUGUUAUCUCAAUGUAACAGACAGUUAGGACUACUGUUCAUGUUAUCUCAAUGUAAUAGACAGUUAGGACUACUGUUCAUGUUAUCUCAAUGUAAUGGACAGUUAGGACUACUGUUCAUGUUAUCUCAAUAUAAUGGACAGUCAGGACUACUCUCAAUGUAAUAGACAGUUAGGACUACUGUUCAUGUUAUCUCAAUGUAAUGGACAGUUAGGACUACUGUUCAUGUUAUCUCAAUAUAAUGGACAGUCAGGACUACUCUCAAUGUAAUAGACAGUUAGGACUACUGUUCAUGUUAUCUCAAUGUAAUAGACAGUUAGGACUACUGUUCAUGUUAUCUCAACCUAAUGAUAACCGUGUGUUAUCUAUUUAUAUUGUUGAAACAGACAUAUAUUGCCUGUGUGUUUUGGUAAUUUCAAGACGUACUGAGGUGUAUGUACCCUUCAAGGAAUGGUACUGUAUAAUAGUAUUGCUUGAUUGAAUUGACAUGAAUGCCAUACUUGAUAUUGGUCCUAAUCUAGCAGGACAUCUAUUGUUCAGUAUCACAGUGGGAAGGUUGAAGAGCAAACCGUGUGUAUUGAUAUACGUCUACUGUAUGGGCCGUCCACAGGAAGUGCCUUUAUUAGUGCUAUGUUAUCAUGUACUGUAUUUCCUGAAGGUUUAUGGAGGAACAGAUAGAUAACCAACCAAACUCACCACAUGAGACACAGCUAUAGGGAGGCGAUUCACAGAGCUGUGACCACGCAGUCUCCCGAGUCGAAACAACUAGGACUUGUUCAUGUUCGUAACCAUUUGGUUUCACAGUAGAACUGUCGUUGUUUUAGAAAUGGGACUGAAAGACAGAACGACUGAAAGAACAGAAGGGUAGAGACGUGUAGUCAAAACUUAAGUUGAUUCACAGAGUUGUGGCUACAAGCCCUCCAGUCUACAGGACUAGCUCAUGUGUAGGCCAUAUGUAAAUGAACUGUCGUUGUUUUAGAAAGAGAAAUACUGAAAAAACAAGGGGUAGAUAGACGUGAGUUAGUGGGAGGGGUUAAUGGGUUGGUUGUAGAGGUCUUGUUUGUGGAGGGAAGUUGGGUGCUGGCCAGGGCUGUUACACCUCUUCCUCCCCAGACUGAAGACUGAGAGUGGAGAGAGAAAAGAGGGGGUUGAGAGAGAGAGAAAGAGAGAGAGAGGGCUGAGAGAGGGCUGAGAGGGCUGAGAGAGAGAGAGAGAGAGAGAGAGUGCUGAGAGAGUGCUGAGAGAGAGAGAGAGAGAGGAGAUGAUAGACAGAGAGAGCGAUAGUAGCUUAGUGUAGCUGGGAAAAGAAAGGGGGAGUAGAGAGAGAGAGAAAGGUUGAGUGAAAAAGGUAAAAUGGAAAGAAUGUUUGGAAGGGUGAAGGGAAUUAUGUUUCAGCUGACCGAAUAAGUUCAGCUUUAAGUUGGGAAGAUACACAGUUCAACACAUUUCAGCUGAAAGUCAUUACAGUCACUGUAGCUGAAAGUCAUUACAGUCACUGUAGCUGAAAGUCAUUACAGUCACUGUAGCUGAAAGUCAUUACAGUCACUGUAGCUGAAAGUCAUUACAGUCACUGUAGCUGAAAGUCAUUACAGUCACUGUAGCUGAAAGUCAUUACAGUCACUGUAGCUGAAAGUCAUUACAGUCACUGUAGCUGAAAGUCAUUACAGUCACUGUAGCUGAAAGUCAUUACAGUCACUGUAGCUGAAAGUCAUUACAGUCACUGUAGCUGAAAGUCAUUACAGCCACUGCAGCUGAAAGUCAUUACAGUCACUGUAGCUGAAGGUCAUUACAGUCACUGUAGGUGAAAGUCAUUACAGUCACUGUAGCUGGUACUAUACAUCCUUGGUAGAACAGCAGUGUGUUAGCUCACUGUGAGUGUUACAUAUAGAUUACCUUCUCUCUCUACAGCCUGUGUGCUGCUGGACCAGUUAUAUGUGCUCUAUGAAGCGUGGCUUGGUGAGAGGGCAUAACCUUCAGUUCCACUCUAGAACAGAAAUAACCCAGGCAAUUAUAUGUUUCAGUGUGUUUGGGUUUCUCAAACACCACACGGUUGUUUAAAUGUCUGGGUUUGUGUCCCAAAUGGCACCCUAUUGGUUACUUUUGAACGCAGUUCUAUGGGCCCUUUGUGAAAAGGAGUGCACUACAUAGGAAAUAGGUUGCCAUUUGGGACACAGGCCCAGACAUUUAAACAAUCGGGUGGUGUCCGAGAAACCCAAACAGACUGAAGCAUAUUAGUGUUGAGAAAUCAAUGGAGCCCCACUGUGGAAAUGUCACAUACGCCAACGGAUAGCUCAUCAAAAUAAAUCAAAAUCAGCCAAUGAAUGAUUCUGAAAGGUCAGGGGUCUUUAUGGCUCAGGGCCCAGGGUGUUACCAUAACAACCAACAGUCUUGUUAAGUGUUGUAUGGACUGAAAUGGUAUUUUGUAAUUGGAUUUUACAGCGCUGAAAAAUGAUACUAUGUUAGUAUUUUCAUAGGAUUUGUUUUUAAUCAUGCUUCUGUUUUUGAUUUUUCCAAAAUAUAGAAACAUUGUAUGGUUUUAUUUUAUGGGCAGAGGAUGUGUACCAGGUCUGCCUUAGUAACUGGAAGGGGACCUGCCUCCUAUGAAAACAGGGUUAGCGUAUGUGUGUGUAUAAGGGACUGAAGAGGUUAAAGUUCAACAACAGUAAAGAACAAGUUGUAAACACAAGUGAUUCUCUGUGAGUCGUAAGACUGAAAACACACACAUGCACGUGCCUGCGAACGCACGCACGCACACACACACACACACACACACCUAUGUAGAAUGUAAUGGAAAAGAAAGGGGUGCCAUCAAGUCUCAACAGGUCUAAGAGCCCCCAAGCUGCCCUCUGCCUAACUAGACAAAACAGAUGUUAGCUUACAUCUGUUUGUUACAAUAUGUCAUAUAACUAUAGGAAAACUUGACUAGAUAUUAUCUUAUGAUGAAGUAUUAUAAUGUUAUUUAAGCUUUAUUUUGCUGCUGUCUAUUAAUAGUGAAGUUAUUACUGUUACUAUAGUUACUAUCUGGUUAUAGAUGGUUCAACCUGGAUCGUGCUUUUGUUUGUUACCAUCACAGAUGUGCUGUUCUGGUUUUUAUAAAAACAGUUUCAGAUUGUGUAAUAGCGUUGUUCUCUACUACGUAUUACAGUGGAAAUCAUGUAUGUAGUCAGGAGAGUGAGGAAACCACAGAUUUUCACAAUAUCUUCUCUCUGAAUCAUCUCAAAUAAACAGCUUCAU